AUGGGCGACAGGGUCGACAAUGUGUGUCGCAUCACACGCCAGGAUGUGGAUGCUACUAGCGGAGUGGAGUUGCCAGCCGAGAUUUCCGAUCGUGCCAACGCGAUUACAGUCGAACAUCCUCUAGAGUUGGUGCCGCGAAGCCUCGCUUUGCAUUUACUAGAUAACAUUACCACUGCCGUCAACGCACCGGCCAACGCCUAUCUCACCGGUCCUGGAGGCGUUGGUAAGAGCACCGUCCUGUUCAUUCUGUUGGUUCGGGCGUUGGACUACACUGCACGUCAGCUCCGCCAACCUCCAGAGAGCCCGCAGCGCCCGUUAUUUGUACUCUACGUUGCAUCAACGGCCAGUAUUGCUCGCCUGAGGCCAGACCCAGCCGCUGCUAGCUUGUGCCGGAUUCUAGAGAUGCUCAACCGUCCGUUGUUGAACCUGCCACAGUACGCGGAUCUGCUGGCUCUUCUUCGGCCUGCGAUUGCUCCCAUCCGUGCUCAUGGAGUUGCGCUUGCUGCCUGGAACGCCGUUUGUGAUUACUGUGCUGCAACAACCACUUUCUGCUCGCUUUUUAUUCUCGACCAGUGGAAUGCCAUGUUCGACCCAGCUGUCGUCGGUGCAGGCUUGCCUCAAGACCAUCCUUUGCAAUCGCUUGGCUUCAUGGGUGCUCGUUUUGGCUUGUCAAUGUUCGUGGCAGCUGUGAGCUCAUCGUUCGACCCAUUGGACGCUACGCGAGGAGUGUUCCGCGAUGCAGAGGCUCACGCCUGCAAACAGAUGGUUCGACCGCUCACCCACGCUGAGACACAAGUGCUUCAGCAAACCUGGCUCUCUCGUAAUCCCCCUGUCAGCAUUCCCGACAAUAUCAUGGCAGACUUGCAUCGCAUUACUGGAGGUAUCCCACGUCUGUGCGAGCUUUUCGGCAGCCGGCCUUUUGCCAGUGUUGAGGAUGCCGAAUUUCGCCAGAUGUGCGCCGGCUACUACCGUCAGUACUUCAAGGCUGUCGCAGAGCACUGGCUCCGACAAAGCCAGCCCGAUCUCCUGGCCAUUUUCCGGCAAGACCUCACUUCGCUUUACCUCCGAAACAAAACCAUUCCCAAUCGAGACGAUGUUGUCUCCUCACGAUGGGUGAACACUGGACUUCUUCUCGUUGGGCCAGACCACGUCCUCGAACCCGUCAACAGCUUUGUCCUUUCGGCGGCUGAUGAUUUUAUCCAGGUGCACCUAACGGGAUAUUUGCGUGACAUCUACAGCGAUGCAGCAAGUCGUUGGCGCGCUCUCGAAUUGUAUCUGGCUGCUUGCCUCCGUCGUCGAGUCGGAAUGCAGCUGGCUGGCACCAACCUGCGUGGCGCAGCACCACGCCAGGUUGUUUUUGAGGGUCCGCUCAUUCGGGAGUUACCACGCAACGUUGCCGCGGACCCACAACAGUUCUUGCAAACAACGAACGGAAAUGUACCAUUUCCAGUCAACUCAUUGUUUAUUCCCACCUGGACCAAUCAUCCUGUUGCUGACUACGUGCUUUUUGUAAACUGUCCACAUCAAAAUCCCGCACAUCAACUGAUCUUUGUUCAAGUGAGCCAGUCGAGUUACGUUGCUCAUCCAAGCAAAGUGCCGGAUCUCUUCCACGUCCACAACGGCUGGCAACACUCAGUCCUAGAUUCGUACCGCAUCCUGGUUGGGCUGAGCAAUGACAACAGGUACACAACAACGCAGGCGAAUAGAACAGCUGGCCAUCUGCCUGCGGGUGUCAAGUAUGUUUACUGCACAGAUUCGGACGACGUCCUCGCGGGAAACGCGAGAGCAAGCGGGCACCAUGUCUUAUUAAUGCGCAAAAUUAAUCUUCAGCAGCUCGAUCCACCCUUGUGGAAUACCAUGACGAGAUGA